AUGGCAACAAGAAAACGAAGGCCUGCAGGAACAUUUGUCCCCCCUCACCCCUCUGCCCCUGCUUCGACCUGCUUGCCAUCAGCGUGUCCAGUAGGAAGAUCCAAGCCCAAUGCUGUCUUCCGCACGCACAGGGUGCCUCAGAACGGGCACCCUUCUGCUUUGCCUGCCAACAGUAAGAUCGGUCCAAGUGUCUCCCGAGUGAAAGUGAAUACGGCAGGCAACCUGAAAGACUUCACCUUAGCCUACAACACCUCAGUAAAGCAGCUCAAGGAGAAGCUGUCAGCUCACUUCAACUGCAGAACAGACCAAAUAGUGCUGGUCUUCAUGGGCCGCCUUCUCCAAGACCAGGACACACUGAGCCAGAGGGGCAUUGCUGAUGGACACACCAUCCACCUGGUCAUCAGGUCCAAGAAUGGCUCCAGGUCCCUGGCCAAUUCAUCUCAGAAUGUGCCAACCCAGGAGCCCUGCUCCCAGGACAGAAACACCAAAGCAAACAGCAAUGGAGUGUACCAACCUGCUGGUGUGAGUCAAGUCCCAGCAGAGCCAGGUCUCCCUGUGGAAUCUAACACACCCAAGGCACAGAAUCUGCAAACAGACAGUUCACAAUAUCUAACACAGGUUCUGGGGAAUCCCAGCAUCCAGCAGCUUCUGUCCAAUACCGAGUUCAUACAGCAGCUCGCCUCAGGCCACUCAGACAUGCAACUAUUGGUGGAGCAGAACCCAGAAAUCUCCCAUCUGCUUGACAAUUCUGAGAUCUUAGGUCAGACGCUUGAGCUGGCUCGGAACCUGGCGGUGAUGCAAGAGAUAGUACAGCUUCAACAACCCAUGCAGAACCUUGAGGAUCCACUAACCUUUCCACCAUACCUGGGCUCAGAGACAAUUCCAAAUAGGAACAAUGCAGUGGGUCCCACUUAUGCUGAUUUCCAUGACCCAGUGCUCAACAGCACACAAGGUCUGUUUGGAGGUAACUCUUUUACAACUCUUCUAGCAGGACAAGCCCAGGAACAAGUCCAGCCAACACUCUUACCACCUCAACCAAGCCAGGGACAACAAGACCCUACUACAUCAGUCAGAAGUACAAAUCCUUGUGGUAUAUCUUCAAUCGCCUCAACCAAAGCCAACUCCAACAAGAUCCACUGUCCUGCUAGGGUGAAUACUGCCACGAUCAAGGGCCAAAGCCGUGUGGGCGCUAUUCAGCAUUCUGUCGGGACGCCAUCUCUACCCAGCAUAGCCAUCACUCAGAAGCCCCAGGAAGAUGACACAAACGACUCCUUCUCUCUAGGUAGCCUGAAUCAGAAGUUAGAGGGUCUCCAGCUGUUAGAUGAGCAGACCAAAGCUCAGAUUACAGGAGGCAUGAUACAGUUGCUUAUGAACCACCCUCACCUGGCUGCUCAGAUGAUGCUGUUCUUGAGCAUGCCCCAGCUGAGCGAACUCUGGAGGCAGCAGCUGCCCACAUUGUUGCAACAGUCACAGACUUCGGACCUGCUCGUAGCUCUAGCAAACCCUAAGGCAUCUCAGGCCAUAUUACAGAUCGAGCAUGGUCUCCAGCUGUUGGCCAUAGAGACUCCUAUUCUUUUGCCUUGGGUUGCACCUUACCUAUGGGGCCUGGGUUGGCUUCCUGCUCCUAGUUGUAGCUACCCAGAUUCAGUGCCUUGGACUUGGGAUGUGCCAGAGAUGGGUGAGCCCAAGAAGCCUGACGAGUGCUGCCCCGGAUCUGGAGCAGUCCUGCAGAGUCUACAAUCCCUCUCCAGAGACCCUUCCCAUCCUCUACAAGGCACUGAGAACCGUUUCCAAAAGCAGAUGGAAACUCUCCAGGCCAUGGGAUUUGCGAAUCACGACGCCAAUCUGCAGGCGCUUAUUGCUAACAAGGGUGACACUAAGGCUGCUAUUCGCCAGCUGAAGAGGUCCCAGGGAUUCUGA